ACAACUUAUAUGAAGAGUCAGAGAAAAGUAUAAACACAGUAGAGGAAUUUUCCCAAAAUUCGUACAACCCGCUUCAGUUAAGUGAAGAAUUUUACGUCGUCCUUCAGAACUUUAAGGGGGAAGAUAUAAAUGAAAUAAUCAAAUCGAUGAAUCAUAAUUUAUUUAGGAAGAUAAUGCUUGACAGAUGGAUAAAACUGCACGGACAUGCCAAAAGACCGGUGCACACUUUGAAGAACCCUUUGUCAUAUUAUUUGGGAAAAUUAGAAAGUCUGUAUAGCGUGGAUGAAAGCAUUGAGGAAGAACGAGUGCAGAACGGCAAUGAUACUAUUCACAGAACCAUGAGGAUCAUGGAGGAGUAUCAGAAUAAGCUGUUUUUCUACUACGUUAUAGGGGAUAAAUUGCCGCACUGA